AAAAACCAGGAAGUUAAAAGUGGAUGCAGAAGCGAGCACAGACGGGGCUAGGGGUUUCAGAGAAAGUAAUUGAGAGUGCUGGCAACAGCAGCUGAAAUAUAGAGAAGUUGUAGGAUUAACUUUUUCGCCCAAAGCUGCUUCAGCCCACGUUUUAUUCCCAUCGAGGGAGGGAGAAUGGGUGCCGCUGAGUGGGCGGGGGAGUGGUCCCUGAAAGGAGGUGGAGUGCUACAGCCCCUCCCCGUUGGCUCUCGCUGUUUGUACGUUGUUGGUUUAUACUAAUUUGACAACAGCCGCCUGUUGAGUCGCCUCCAGAUCGCAGCUGAAGGAUCUGUUGAGCGCUUCAGGAAAGGCGGACAGGCGACACUAACAGGUGAAGAUCUCGGGAGACCAUGACUAAGAAAAGAAUUGCUGUGAUUGGGGGAGGAGUGAGCGGGCUCUCUUCCAUCAAGUGCUGCGUAGAAGAAGGCUUGGAACCUGUCUGCUUUGAAAGGACUGAUGACAUCGGAGGGCUCUGGAGGUUCCAGGAAAAUCCUGAAGAAGGAAGGGCCAGUAUUUACAAAUCAGUGAUCAUCAAUACUUCUAAAGAGAUGAUGUGCUUCAGUGACUAUCCAAUCCCAGAUCAUUAUCCCAACUUCAUGCAUAAUGCCCAGGUCCUGGAGUAUUUCAGGAUGUAUGCCAAAGAAUUUGACCUUCUAAAGUAUAUUCGAUUUAAGACCACUGUGUGCAGUGUGAAGAAGCAGCCUGAUUUUGCCACUUCAGGCCAAUGGGAAGUGGUCACUGAAUCUGAAGGAAAAAAGGAGAUGAAUGUCUUUGAUGGAGUCAUGGUUUGCACUGGCCAUCACACCAAUGCUCAUCUACCUCUGGAAAGCUUCCCUGGAAUUGAGAAGUUCAAAGGGCAGUACUUCCACAGUCGAGACUAUAAGAACCCAGAGGGAUUCACUGGAAAGAGAGUCAUUAUAAUUGGCAUUGGGAAUUCUGGAGGGGAUCUGGCUGUAGAAAUUAGCCAAACAGCCAAGCAGGUUUUCCUCAGCACCAGGAGAGGGGCUUGGAUCCUGAAUCGUGUAGGGGACUACGGAUAUCCUGCUGAUGUGUUGUUCUCUUCUCGACUUACACAUUUUAUAUGGAAGAUCUGUGGCCAAUCAUUAGCAAACAAAUAUUUGGAAAAAAAGAUAAACCAAAGGUUUGACCAUGAAAUGUUUGGCCUGAAGCCUAAACACAGGUUCAUCAGGCAUGAAAACCUUUGCUUCCUCCGCGGUCUUCUGAGCGGUCACGUGAACGGCUUCCUGCAGGCUGGCCAUGGCGCUUCAAGUUCCCAAGGCUCCGGGCUUCGCCCAGAUGCUCAAAGAGGGAGCGAAACACUUUUCAGAAUUAGAAGAGGCUGUGUAUAGAAACAUACAAGCUUGCAAGGAGCUUGCCCAAACCACUCGUACAGCAUAUGGACGAAAUGGAAUGAAAAAAAUGGUUAUCAACCACUUGGAGAAGUUGUUUGUGACAAAUGAUGCAGCGACUAUUUUAAGAGAACUAGAAGUACAGCAUCCUGCUGCAAAAAUGACUGUAAUGGCUUCUCAUAUGCAAGAGCAAGAAGUUGGAGAUGGCACAAAUUUUGUUCUGGUAUUUGCUGGAGCUCUCCUGGAAUUAGCUGAAGAACUUCUGAGGAUUGGCCUGUCAGUUUCAGAGGUCAUAGAAGGUUAUGAAAUAGCUUGCAGAAAAGCUCAUGAGAUUCUUCCUAAUUUGGUACGUUGUUCUACAAAAAACCUUCGAGAUGUUGAUGAAGUCUCAUCUCUACUUCGUACCUCUGUAAUGAGUAAACAAUAUGGUAAUGAAGUAUUUCUGGCCAAGCUUAUUGUUCAGGCAUGCGUAUCUAUUUUUCCUGAUUCUGGCCAUUUCAAAGUUGAUAACAUCAGAGUUUGUAAAAUUCUGGGCUGUGGUAUCACUUCCUCUUCAGUAUUGCAUGGCAUGGUUUUUAAGAAGGAAACAGAAGGUGAUGUACAUCUGUCAAAGAUGCAAACAUAGCAGUGUACUCUUGUCCUUUUGAUGGCAUGAUAACAGAAACUAAGGGAACAGUGUUGAUAAAGACUGAUGAAGAAUUGAUGAAUUUAAGUAAGGGAGAAGAAAAUCUCAUGGAUGCAUAAGUCAAAGCUAUUGCUGAUACUGGUGCAAAUGUUGUAGUAACAGGUGGCAAAGUGGCAGACAUGGCUCUUCAUUAUGCAAACAAAUAUAAUAUGAUGUUAGUGAAGCUAAACUCAAAAUGGGAUCUCCGAAGACUCUGUAAAACAGUUGGUGCUACAGCUCUUCCUAGAUUGACACCUCCUGUCCUUGAAGAAAUGGGACACUGAGAUAGUGUUUACCUCUCAGAAGUUGGAGAUACUCAGGUGGUGGUUUUUAAGCAUGAAAAGGAAGAUGGCAUCAUUUCUACCAUAGUACUUCGGGGCUCUAUAGACAAUCUGAUGGAUGACAUAGAAAGGGCAGUAGAUGAUGGUGUUAAUACUUUCAAAGUUCUUACAAGGGAUAAACGUCUUGUACCCGGAGGUGGAGCAACAGAAAUUGAAUUAGCCAAACAGAUCACAUCAUAUGGAGAGACAUGUCCUGGACUUGAACAGUAUGCUAUUAAGAAGUUUGCUGAGGUGUUUGAAGCUAUUCCCCGUGCACUGGCAGAAAUACUCUGGAGAAAACUCUGGAGUUAAGGCCAAUGAAGUAAUCUCUAAACUUUAUGCAGUACAUCAAGAAGGAAAUAAAAAUGUUGGAUUAGAUACUGAGGCUGUAGUCCCUGCUGUAACGGACAUGUUGGAAGCUGGUGUUCUAGAUACUUACCUGGGAAAACACUGGUCUAUCAAACUCGCUGCUAAUGCUGCAGUCACUGUACUUAGAGUGGAUCAGGUAAUCAUGGCAAAACCAGAUGGUGGGCCCAAGCCUCCAAGUGGGAAGAAAGACUGGGAUGAUGACCAAAAUGAUUGAAAUUGGCUUAAUUUUUACUGUAGGUGAAGGCUGUAUUUGUAGUAGUAUUCUAAGAAUCGCGUGAUGUUUUCUUAUUCUCCUUACAUUAAGAGGUAUUUUGUGUUUGUAUUCUUGGCUGGAUGUUAUAAUAAACAUAUUGUUACUGUCAAAAAAAAAAAAAAGAAAACCUUUGGUCUACUAAAUAAAAAGUAUGGAAUGAAGACAGUCCAAAGCCAUUCAAAGAUUUAGGCAAGUGAGUAACAUAAUCAUACCUACAUUUUAGAAAGACCAUUUUGAAAAUGGUGUGGGAGUGGGAUGAGACAGGAGGUCCUAAAGACAAUUGUAUCAUCUGGUUGAGAUAACAAGGAGUAGAUAAAACUAUUUUGGGGAUGUUAAGAGGAGAAAGGGAAAAGGCUUGGUGACCAGAUAUAUAACUCAUGGUUUUGUGGGUUGGGCAACUAUAUGGAUGGAUGGUGGUACUGCUGGUGAAAAGGAGUAGGUUUGGAGAAAAAGAUGAAAUCAUGAGGUUGGAAUGCAGAACACAAUCGACCUAGUGUCAAAGCAUAACUAAAUGCAGCAAACCAGUAGUGGUAAUUUAAACAUACAAAAUUCCUGAGGCCAGGACAGCUCUGUCUGAAGAUGAGUUAAUAUAGUAUUCAGGCAUUAAGACUACUUUUUAGGCCAGGUGCCGUGGCUCACGCCUGUAAUCCCAGCACUUUGGGAGGCUGAAGUGGGAGGAUCACGAGGUCAGGAGUUCGAGACCAGCUUGGCCAACAUGGUGAAACCCUGUCUCUACUAAAAAUACAAAAAUUAGCCAGGCAUGGUGGCAGGUGCCUGUAGUCCAAGCUACUCGGGAGGCUGAGACAGCAGAAUCACUUGA